AUGGCUUUGCCCACGCUGCGGGGCGCGCUGCGCUGUCGACGCGAUCGCGCCACAGGGCGGCCAACAGAUGUGCGCGAGGCACGCACCAACUCGGCAGUGUACGUGCCCCUGCUGCUAGCGGCCGCCGGGCUUUUAGACCCAAGCGAAGGGGCGCAGUGGAGUGAGCACCGCCUCACGCAGGCCUGGUGGCAGCCGACGGUAGAGACGUUGCGGCUUGCAGGACCUGUGCUAACAGGGCCCUUUGUCCAAAUGCUGGCGUACACCGACGCUCGGCCCGGGGAAGUACCAGCGGUGCUUGCUGCAGACGGAGGAGAGCGCCCAGGGCACGUAUCCUUUGCGCCGGUCGCCCAGGCCGUGGCGCACAGCAGCACCGGCUACAUGCGCCCGCUGGUGCAAGACCUCCUCCUCGAAGCCUUCGGCGGCGGCGUGCUUGCACGAGGAGUUGACGCACGCACAAACGAGCUGCGCAACCCAGGCUUCUGGGCAGACGCGGCUCCUCCGCCGCCGCUCCCACCGCCAGAGGUGCCCCAGGAGCCGGAGCUGCCUGGAGACCAGCACGCGAACGGCCCUGCCGCCGCCGAACCAGCGCAGGCCCCAGCCCCGAGCAACGGACCCACCGAAGAGUCCUGGGCAGCUCUCGGGAGCAUCGACCUCCAACAAGAGCUACGGAGAUUCGUCCCGACACUACAGAACGUGCCACGUUUCCUGCGCGCGGAGACCCGGAUGGCGUUCACCACGGCCCUGAAGAGGAUCAAGCGAGGACACGACCAGGGCAACCAAGCAACAACCCACCAAGGAUGGACACUGUUCCUCCUCGCCUCGAGGCUCCUGCUAAGCAAGCCCAAGGGUACCGACGCCGAGGGCCGACAAGAGCUCUUGGAACGCGCCCAACGGUUCCGCCAGGGCGACUGGCUGGCCCUGCUACACGAGGCCAACACCACGGCCGGCGCGCGCGCAGCGCCGAGGCCAGCCACAGAGGAGCAACACCAGGAGAGACGCAGAUAA